GCGACGGGGGGAGAGAUGGUGUCUCGACGGCGUAUUCUGUCGCGAUCUCGCGAUGAUCUCACACAGGCCUUCGCCGCACAGAUGGAGGAGGAGGAAGACGUGUGGUACCAGAAAGACAAACUAUAUAAGGAACACAUACAGGAAGUACUGGAUAAAUGGACUCAAAUCGACGAUGAAAUCUGGGCUAAAGUGAUAGUGUUCGAAAAGAACAGGAGAGUGGCGAAAGCUUACGCGCGUGCUCCAGUGCUCACUAUCAACGGCUCAGAUGACGGAUUCGAUGGAAUGAGAAUCGGCCUUUGCGGAUUCGACAACCCACAUAGAGAUCAUAAGACAGAAGAACUGAAGAAACACAUAGGGCAGGGCGUCAAAAUCAAAAUGGACGACGCCGGUAACAUACUCAUCAGACGCUAUUCAAAGAGUAGUGUAAUCGUGAAGAGUACAGCCGCAACCAGCAACGAGGAGACUGCGAUAGGCCAAGACAUUCUAAAGCUACCCGGAUAUGCGUUAGAACAGGAAAAAAUAUUUAAGUUAUUCGACAUGAAGAAAUUUCAAUCCAACGUGAAUCGAGAGCUACGGCGUUCGUAUCCAGACCGCCGAAGGCUCGAGACGCAGUGUUUGAGCGCCAUCGCAUUUGUCAAAUCAGACAACGAACUCUUAGAAUGCCCCAUCUGGGUAUUGGUCAUCAAUGUCGUCGCUAUGGAUAUGCUAAAAUCGAAGUUGCCACCGGUUCAAAGACCAAUGGACAUAAAGAACAGACCUCGUAUUCCAAUUCCUGACGAAGACCCCUACAGCAUCGCAAGUUCUAAUGCUAACGGAUCUGGCUCCAGUGGCAGUUCUGGUGGAUAUGGUCACAAUGGUCACAACGGCCACAAUGGUCAUAAUGGUCACAACGGCCAUAAUGGACACGGUGUUGUUGCAGCGACCAGAGAACAAUUGAUGAUGCAAAUGGGCCAAAGGAGAGGUGAAAAGCCGCCUAAUCUACCACCAAGGGAAAAUGGUUACGGACCAGCUGAUAUUCCUAAGCCCGAUUAUGAUGAUAUUGAAGUUCACUCAGAACGUGUUCCAACACAGUUCCCGAGAGGAAAAUCAGAUAAAGGAAAAGACAAUAAGAAAUAUGAUGACCCGUACUAUUGCGGUCUGCGCGCACGCGUGCCCAACUUCGUGAAGGCGACGGGCAAGCACGUGCUGCCGGCGAUGACGGAGCGGCUGACGCUGAAGGAGGCCCCGGUGCCAAGCAAGCGCUACAGCGUGGCGCAUGCGCACCCCGGCCCCUUCCCCCCGCACGUGGCGCCCUUCCACCCCCCGCCUCCCGCGGCCCUCUGGCACGCACGUUCCUACGAGAGCGGAAUCGACGGAGAACAUUACGACCCAUACGCACUUUACGGCCGUUUGCCGAUGCCCGGCCGUGGAUACCCUCCACCGCCGACCAACGCUCGUCACAUGUUCAUCGGAGAAUGGGACUAA